GCACUUUGGCUUUUAGUGCCACACAUUCAACACAAUUGCCAUUUCAUAAAGUGUUUAAUACUAUAGUUAGCAGUGAUUGUCGGAUAUAACACACACUACAGUGCAGUACACUAUAUAUCUUAUUAAUUGAUCCCAAAAACCAUGGGUGGAGUUCGGCGGCGAAGAAAGUCGUCCGCCUCUUCCGAUGAACUGUUAGCUAAUGUCAGACCACUUAUCGAACCGAAGCCAAGGGUGGCGUUCGCCAGGCGUAAGAAACCCGACGGACGGCUUAUUAUUGGCGUACAAAUAUCCUGUGUAUUGAUCGGCGUAUUCCAAGUCUACUAUACUUACUAUCAUUUCGAUCACUUCCACUACCAUUUAACCCAUUUCUUUGCCCAUCACUGGGACGACCACAACGCCCAACACGUAUUGGCCCAUAAGUUGCUCAAAGACAGGACUAAUACUUCGGCGGCGUUUCACUGGUUCCGUAAGUCGGCAGACAGAGGACACCCGCACUCCGCCUACAACUUAGCCGCCGGACACCUCUCCGGCUAUAAGACUGACGUUGAAAAAGGCGAAGUGAGAAAACUAUUAAAGUUUGCGGCAAAGAAUGGCGUCGAAGAGGCGAAGACUCUGCUCCGGGAGUUGUGUCGCGAGAAACCAAAACACUGUGAUCUUUGAGACUAAUUUUAAAACUUAAAGUAAUGAAC